AUGUUUCGAAGGAAUCACCCUCUCUGCUUUCUGAUUAUUGCUUUAAUUCAUGCGAAAAUCAUUCGGGAUUCGAGUUUCCAUGAAGAAUAUACGACAUUUCCACAUAUUGGAUAUUUUCGAAAAGUUCGAAGAGAAGACGUGUUUUUAUUGAGCAUCUACCUCGAUGGCAACAUCCUACGAAAUACAUGUAUCGAUUUCUUUGUCUGGGACGGACUAUAA